UCACCUUUAAAAAUAUUUUAUUAUACAAUUUUAGUUUACCUUGAUAUUGGUAUAAAUAUAGUAAUCGUUCAGACAUUUGUCUGAAUUUAUUUGAGUUCUAAUAAAUAGGCUAAUCUGGCCGAUGUCAUGAGGCUUAUGCAACUCGUCCAGCACAGAGCUAGGAAUAUCGUCUUUUACCACAACUUACCCCCUCACCUAAGCUGCAACCUGUUAUUGCCAUGGCUACCGCGUCCUAGUGCAUGCUAGCUUCAACAGUAAUCCCAUUGAGAAGGAGAGACAGACACACAGUGUAUAUAAGCUCUUACAUUGAUAGACGGUCUUACCUGGCUGAACUCUAUCCUCAGUAAAGCACAGCGAGGAAGAGCAACCAGCUGAUAUAGGCCUACUGACUGCUUGAAGACAACCAAAAUGUCGUUUGGUCUCCCGCGUAAAAUAGCUUCACAAUACAUCCGCAGCUUGCAGACUUGGAGCGUGACCCAAAGCGCUCACAGUCACGUGGUGCCAAGGGUGGCUCUUCUUAUGGGGGUGCUGGGUAUAGCAAUGUCAGGGUACAGCUCACGCCAACUCGCUCUUCACCAUCGGCCCUCGACACGAAUUCUGAGGUGGGCGUCUAGACCUGCCAUUGGCGGUGAGAUUGUGGAUACCCAAACUGGGCGAAUCAGUUUGGGUUCUGCCAGUGCUAGUGUGCCAUCCAGACAGGAUGUCAAGGCGAACUGAAGAGUGACACCCAACAGCUGGUGAGGAUGUUUACGUAUGUGGAAAACGUUCAAAUUUUGGAUAGAUGUCGGAGAGGCAUACGGUACAGUACAAGAAACAUCUUAAGGCAUACAGAUAGAACCUGAGGUCUCACUAUCAAAGACUGAGUUACGAUACAGUUGAUUAUUUCACAACAUGAAAGACGCACACUGUAAUGAUUUAGAAAGUGCCUUUUGGCUUUUGUUAGUUCUGCUGCAGGUCCACAAACAUACAUUGUGUGUUAAUGACCCAGGACAGUGUUGACAUCUUUUGGCCACAUCUGAAGAGUCAACCAUAUUGUUUAUGUCCUGUUGAACGCAAUUUACAUUACGUUCGACAGAUUUAAAUCUGUCAAAUAGGUACAUGGGCGUAUUGUCAAUAUGAUGUCAUACUUGGGUGCAGUUGCUGGUAAUAGUAAUACUGUGAAAUCCACUGAAUUUUAGGACACAAAGUACCAUAGAAGGCAAUGGUGAAUAGUAUCCUGAUGACUCAUUUUUAAUUUAGCAAUUUUGUUACAGUCUCAAGAACAUUUAUGACAGGUAGGAUCUAUGUCUUUAUUAGGGCUUGACAUUGAAUUACGAACAUAUUGGUAUACAUGACUGUACAUAACCAUGCAGAGGCUUCAUAGCAGUUUUAGUUUUAAACAUAAUCCAAUACCAAUGAGAUUUUAAUGCAUGUAAUCUCUACUGCAUAAAUAUAGAUUAUGUCGAAUAACAUUAUUGUUUACGGAAAAUA